AGUAUUUAAACGUUGGUCCAAUUAAACGCUCUAAGCUAAUAAAUUGUCAUCGCGCAUUUUCAAGUACAAGACCCAUAACGAUUUUAAAUUUUUGUUCGCGGUUUCAAUUAAAUUCCACCAAUUAAAUUGUAUUUUCUACGAUUUUUUUUUAAGUGGAAAACAUUUUCACACGGGAUUUUUUUUUCAUCCCUCAUCGAACAUGUACUAUUUUAAUGUGAUUUUGCAUUGCGGCUGCUGCUACUGCUGCUGAUAUCGACUGUCAUCUAAUUUAAUUAGUGCAUUAGAGAGAAAAGCCAUUGCAUUGAUAUAAACAAAAAAAGGGGUCAUGAGUUCGAUAUUAUACAAUGUUUCUCCACUCAAUUUGAACAAUUUUAUUACAUCUAAUGAAAAGUAAAGUCUUCGACCUGCCAGAUAUAUUUUAUGUGCAUUCAUUAUUAUUAAUGAGACCCGUAAAAGUGCGAAUGUGGAAAUAAAAUCGGUUUUUGUCUCUCACUCUCUGGCUGGCUCGCUCACUCGCUUGCCCGCUCGUUACUCCAAGUAAAUAAUGUGAAAAGUUGUUAGUUUCACUGGAGUAUGGAUGUUUCUAUAGUUUUGCUCCACCAGUUUGCUGAAGAUUAAGCAAGAACAAAAGGGAAAUUUAUGAAAUUUAAAUAAAGUGGAAAAUUCGUGCGUAAGCAAACGAUAACAUUGGCAGUGAUCAUAUCCAGAGCAGAAAAAACAAACGGUUUAUUAUUUAUAUGAUGAGUUUAAGAAAUCCACUACAUGAAUUGUACAUACUUGUGAUACUAUUCCUUUGUUUCGUACAAAUGAGCACAUGCAUUGUAGACGCAUCAUACCAUUUAACAAAUAGCACCUAUGACGAAGAAAUGCAUUCAACAUUGUUAUUGUCGGAUAUUAUGCCGAAGAAACAACGUUCAUAUGAUAAGAAUCGUGCACCGAAAUUUAUCGGCCAACCGACUGUCGUGUAUUUUCAUGUAACCGUACUCAGUCUCGAUUCGGUGAACGAAGAGUCGAUGACAUAUGUGACGGACAUUUUUUUGGCGCAAAGUUGGCGAGAUCCCCGGCUUCGUUUACCAUCCAACAUGAAUGAAGAGUAUCGGAUACUGGAUGUCGAGUGGCUGCACGACAUUUGGCGGCCGGAUUCAUUUUUCAAAAAUGCGAAAAAAGUUACGUUCCACGAAAUGAGCAUUCCAAAUCACUAUCUAUGGCUGUAUCGCGAUAAAAGUCUACUCUAUAUGGCUAAAUUGACGUUAGUUUUAUCGUGCGCAAUGAAAUUCGAAUCAUAUCCCCAUGAUACACAGAUUUGUUCAAUGUUAAUAGAAAGCCUUUCGCAUACGGAUCAGGACUUGGUGUUCAUAUGGAAUAUGACGGAUCCACUGGUCGUUAAUGAUGAUAUUGAAUUACCGCAACAGGACAUUUCAAAAAUUUAUACCACCGAUUGUACAAUACCCUAUAGUACGGGCAAUUUUACGUGUUUGGCCGUGGUGUUUGAGUUGCGACGUCGUCUGGGCUACCAUUUAUUUCACACGUACAUACCAUCCGCAUUGAUUGUGGUCAUGUCUUGGAUAUCUUUUUGGAUAAAACCCGAAGCGAUUCCAGCUCGUAUCACGCUCGGCGUAACAUCGCUAUUGACUUUGGCCACACAAAAUACACAGUCACAGCAAUCGUUGCCGCCUGUAUCGUAUGUAAAAGCGGUAGAUAUUUGGAUGUCGUCAUGUUCAGUGUUCGUGUUUAUGUCGCUGAUGGAGUUUGCUGUGGUAAAUGCACAUAUGGGACCGGUCGCAACGAAAAUGAUGAAAGGAUUUUCGGAUGAGAAUUUAGUGCAAGAUGCUCAAACAAACGGUCGAGGUUCAAAGCGAAAAUCCAUCGAGCAUCGGCCGUCUGUAUCAUCGGCUCCACAAUACGACACAUUUUGCAAUGGGCGAGAAACAGCGUUGUAUAUCGAUAAAUUUUCACGCUUUUUCUUCCCAUUUUCAUUUGUCAUUUUGAACAUUUUGUAUUGGACCACAUUUUUGUAGGAACUCUUUAUAUAUAUUCGACAGCAUUCAUAUUUUUUGCUUGGUUGGAACUUUGUUCCAACGUACUUAUGUUUUUUUUUGUAUGUAUCUGUGUAUGUGUUGGCGUAUCUCAGUGAAAAUGAAAUCAUUGAAAUUGAAAACGGAACUGAAACUGACAGAAUAGAAGUGAAGGAAAAAUCAAACAAGUCAAGUUCAAUAAUUUUAAGUAGUCAUUUACAUGUUUAUUGUUAUGUUUUCGAUUGAAUUUUAUGUGUGUGUAUUUUGUUUUCUUCAUUCUUUUAGAAGCAUCUCUUUACAUUUUUUUUUAUUAUUGUGUUGUGCCUAUUUCUUUUGGUUUGUUCUUUAUUUUUCUCGCCCAGUUCGCAGCAACUUACAGUUUACAAUUUGAAUUCCAGUGCAAUCAAAGGGCUAGAAACUGUACUUCCAUUUAGAUUUAUACAGUAUUUUAUUGAAACAUCAAUCCAUUAUUUAUACAUAAACAUAAUAAUAAAUACGUUAUUAUAUGCAUCUGUUACAUGUGUAUAUAAUCGAUAUAAUAAUAAUAAUAAUAAUAAUAAAAACUAAAACAUA